CUUAACUCCAGCGCAUUUAGUGUGGAGCCCUCUCCCUCAUGGGGUGAGGUACUACGAUGACAGUGAGAUCACUCAAACUCCUAAAACUGAGCCUCUACUUUAGUCAAUCCUCUUAGAUCCUGAUCGAAAAAUUCUGUUUUGCACAUGCGCUGGUAAUUUCCUCCGAUUUAAAGAGCCUGACGUGUUUACAAAGUGCGCGCGCAAUGCACCAAGCCCCAGUUUCGUGUAUUCCUACUGCCGCCAAGAUGUCAAAGGCAAAGAAAAUCCUGGAUGAAGCCCGGGAAGUGCAAAAUCCCGAGCUGGAUCUCGCCGACAAAGGGAUAAACACCUUCGAGGAGAUGCCAGGAUUGCUGAAUAUGUUGAAUAUAACGCGGUUGACUCUGAGUCAUAAUAAAAUUCAGACUGUCCCCCCAGGACUUGCGAAUCUAGUCAAUCUGGAAAUUCUCAAUCUGUUUAAUAAUCACAUAACUGAACUCCCAAUUUCCCUAUCUCAAAUGCCAAAAUUGAGAAUUCUGAAUGUUGGAAUGAAUCGCCUAGAUGCCCUCCCCCGAGGCUUCGGAGCAUUUCCAGUCCUCGAAGUGCUGGACCUCACCUAUAACAACUUAAGUGAGAAGAAUCUCCCCGGUAACUUUUUCAUGAUGGAGACAUUGCGAGCACUGUACCUUGCGGACAACGAUUUCGAAUAUCUGCCGGGGGAAAUCGGUCAAUUGAAAAACCUCCAGAUCUUAGUUCUCCGGGAGAACGACCUAAUUGAACUGCCCAGGGAAAUCGGGGAAUUGGCUCGUCUUCGGGAGCUGCACAUUCAGGGAAAUCGUCUGACUGUUCUUCCACCAGAAUUAGGAAAUUUGGAUCUUGUGAGCAAUAAAGCUGUUUUCAGAAUGGAAUUUAAUCCGUGGGUUACGCCGAUCGGCGAUCAAUUGCAAGUGGGAAUCUCCCACGUUAUGGAUUACAUACGAUCGGAAACGUACAAGUAUGUCUACGAUCGUCAUCAAAAAGCCAAACCCCCACCACCAGCAAUUGAAAACGACAAGAGCAAAAAAAUCUCUCGAAUGCGUUGAAU